CUCCGAAGCGCUUCUAAAGCCCUGAAGCCCAGCUGCGGGGCAGCACUCGAACCCAGGACCGGACCCAAAGAGGGCUAAGCGGACAAAGACCCGGGGGGCUUGAAAGGAGGGGCGAAAGAAGCCACAGCCGGAGUCCAGCUAAGUGUCAGCAGGCACCAGGUCUUGGGUUUUUAACCCCAUCUCACCCCAAAGGUACCCCUAAAAAGGGGGAGAAACCCAUGGAUUUCAGCUUGAGGGUGUGAUGCAGCUCACCUUUCCCAAUGCCUCCCUCGCCACUGGAAGAAAGGAUCGGCGUGCUGCAGAGACCCAAGACAUUGGCCUUGCGCCUCAACCACAGCUUUGCCCAGAACGGUGGCAUCGAGAAGCAGCCGCCUCCAUCUCUUCCUCCUCCUCCUCCUCCUUCUUCUUUCCCAAUCUGCAAAGCCUCCAGCCAGGUGACAAAGCCCACGGGCGACGAAGCUCGCCGGAGUGGCAUCCUCCAGCCCAACCAUUCUCACACCAUCGACAUCAAGCUAACGGUGGGGGGUGCCCAGGUCCGGAUCCCACAAGAACGCAACCUCUCCUUGCAGCUGGACCUGAAGCAGGGCGAGAAGAAAGGAGGGCUGGGCCCCCAGCUGAAGGUCUUCUUGCCCCAAGCCAAGCUCAAGAAGCGGUGCUUCAAAGAGAACUCCAAACCAGUGCCAGAUCCGUCAGCCAGUUCCUCCUGUCUUUCCAGCCCGGUCAACACCAUGCAUCCUCUGAAAUGCGGCUGUCGAGGCUGCUGGCGUCUCAUGCGCUGCGACGAGGCUAAUCCUAAAUCAGGAUUGCGCUCCUUGGGUUGCUUCUCCUGCCGAUCCAGCCUCCGUUCUCUGACCUGCUCCAGCUGCAGCCCUCCUUCACUUAAAAAGCUUGGCUGCUUGCCUUGUGCACCAGCCGCCCUCCGAUCUUUGGCCUGCCUGGCUUGCAACCCUUCGGUCAAGUCAGCCAGUUCUUCCUGCAGCUUCUGCAGCAGCGACCCCAUUGUGGCUUAUGACCCCCAGGUGGGCUCUUCCCCGGCCCCCAGCUGCUAUGGCGGAGACGACGACGACGACUACAGUGUCCGUACCAUCUGGCCGGACGAGUUGGCCAAGAAGAUGACCAAGUCCCGGGUGCAACAACAACAGCAGAACCACCAACCGGUGGCCUCGCACCACCAGACGUCCCCCUUGAUCCUGGACUGUCGCAACUUGGUGGAAUACACAAAGAGCCAGCUGCAAGGGGCUAUGAGGUUUGGGGUGGCCGAGGCAGCAGGCCGGCGACGGCUUCAGCAAGGCAAGUUGGCCGUCCUUGAUUUCAUUUCCUCUCGAGGAGGAAGCUGCGACUGCAGGGACUCUUCGCUCCAGCGCCUCUGGUCCAAGGAGCCUCCACUGGCCAGCCCUCCUCAGCCACGCAAAACCCAGCCUUCGCAAAGCCUGCAUCUCAUGCUGGAUCUGCUCGACAAAGACGGGCCGGAAGGGCUGGGCAAGAGAGGCUUGACCGGGUCAGAAGUUGCAGACAGCCCUGACGACUUGGGAGCUCCGCUGACACCCGAUUUGGAGAAUGCCGAAUUGAGUCCUAUCCUCCCCUUCCUUUUUCUGGGUAACGAAAAAGAUGCUCAGGACCUUGAACGGAUGCUGAGCCUCAACGUGGGCCACGUCCUCAAUGUCACCACCCACCUGCCUCUCUACCAUGCCGACAGCGGGCGCCUCCGCUACAAGCGCCUGCCUGCCACCGACAACAACCGCCAGGACCUGCGGCAAUACUUCGAGGAGGCUUUUGAAUUUAUCGAGGAGGCCCACCAGAGCGGCAAAGGGGUCCUCAUCCACUGCCAGGCAGGCGUUUCACGCUCCGCCACCAUUGUCAUCGCCUACUUGAUGAAGCACACGCUCAUGACCAUGGGCGACGCUUACAAAUAUGUUAAGGGUCGGCGGCCCAUCAUCUCGCCCAACCUCAACUUCAUGGGACAACUGCUGGAAUUUGAAACAGAUCUCAAUGCUGGCGUCACGCCCCGCAUCCUCACCCCCAAACUGGCCGGAGUGGAGACUGAAGUGUGAGCAAGAUUUGGGGGUGGGUGGGUGGGCAAGGGUGACCUCUGGCAAUCUCAGGGCUAGGAAGAUGUGUGUGGGGCGUGUGUGUGUGUGUGUGUGCAAUAAGGGACCGACAAACUGUGUGGCACUGGACAACUGGGCAACUGAAGCCGUGAGCCAGGGUGGUGUGUGUGCAUUGGUUGGGCAGCUUCUUGGCCAUGUAAAAGCACUUGCUGCAACAACAGAACAGGUGGAUCGGGGAUCUUUUUGGGGUGGGGGUGGGGAAUGCUUUUCUACUCUUGCCAACCAGCAAGCACUGACGAAACCUCCAGCACUGUAGCUGCCACUGCUGCCAACCAAAUUUGGGGAACAUCUUAUUUCUACAUCUAGGUAGAACUUUCUUCUUUUGGCAUCAAUGCCACAGUAAGAUUUGAAAGGAAUCUGGGAUGGGUGUGUGUGUGAGAUCUCAUUGGGCUUAAUUUAUUGGGGAUGGGGAGCGUGUAGGUGUGAAAAUUUGGAGGGAAAGGGCGCCCUUUCCCUCUGUCUGUCUUCUUCUUGGUUCAGACUUUGCUUCCCUUUCAACCAGGAUGGAGAGCAUCUUUAGAAGUGGUGGGUUGGGUGUUUCAACCAUUUACUAACACACGCGUGAGGGUAUGCGUGUGAUAGUGGGAGGAGAUGACAUUGUGGGUGAGACACCUUCCUUCCACAGUUAUCAGAUUUUAAUGCUCAGGAUUAUAGAUCUCUUCUCGGUAGACAUUUUUGGGGUGGAUGGAAGGAUAGGGCCAGGGCAAUUUACAAUUCCUUCCUGUUUUUGCUGCUGCUGGCGGGGAGACCGGGCAACCUGUGCCACUAUCUAUUUAUUUAUUUGAACUCUACUGCUGCUUGGCUUCUCUCUUUUUACAAAGACUGGCUCUUAAAAAUGAUAAGUGUGAUUUGGAGGGAGACAAUGACUGUCUCUUUCACACUCCUCCAUCAAACACAGUUGAGGCAUUUCCCCUUCUCAGGGUAGAUACCACUGGAAUUGUCUUCCAGGAUGGAGGUUAUAUUUAAGAUGAUGGGGAGGAGUGGUGGUGAAUCCUUUUAAGGGGAAGGAACAGAAAAGAAUUAUAGGUUAGCCUUCCCCAACUUGUGUUGGACCACAGUUUGCAUGAGCCCCAGCAAGUAUCACAGUCUAUACAAUCUGGGAGACAUGGGAAUUAUAGUCCAACACACUCAAAGGCUGUGUUCAGGAACACUACCUCUCCUAAGGUUUGCUUUGGGGUUUCCCAGAGACAAUAGAAAUCUGGGGUGUGUGGUUUCUCUUCCACACCGCUUAUUUAUCUUGAAAUGCAAUAUAUACACAUAUUUUUUGUUGUGGUUGGUUGCUUUUAAAGUGUCUCCUUCCUCUCCUCUCCCCGUUUUCCCUUCUGCCAAGUGUAGGGGAGGCAAGGUGCCACAUGUUGGUGGGUUCCUUUGUUCCAUGGUCUUCCAAGGCAGUCAUGGUUUUCCCCUCUAGAGCAGUGGUUCCCAAACUUUGACCCUCCAGAUGUGCUGGACUUCAGGUCCCAGAAUUCUUGACUGUUGGGUUUCUGGGAGUUGGAAGUCCAAAACAGCUGCAGAACCAAAGUUUGAGCUCAUCUGCAUCAAGGUCUGUCACGGGAGUGCUGACAGAGGCAUCAAUGAGGCUUCAGUGAUGGUUUGAAGGCACAUGAUGGAGAAUGGUCAGCAGGCACUGCUUUCUCUUUCCUCUUCCUCAAUGAACUUGCUGAACAUGCAAAAAGUUGUCAUUGGAGCCCUCCAAACAAAUGAUGGUGGGCAAGGAUCCUUCCUCACAUUGUAGAGUUGGAUCAGCUCUGCAUUGUUUUCAUGAGGGUCAUUUCCUAAAUCCUUCCUAUCUCCAAAUGCCUCCCGGGUUCUAACUGGCAUGACUUAGUGCCAGCUAGAAAUCACAACAACCCAACAGAAUGGUUAAGGUAAGGUGUUUUUAGCAUACACAAAUGCACAUACUCUAAAUGACAUAAAAAGAAAGGUUGGGUUUUCCUUUUUAAAAAAAUCUUUCUCCCUAAAAGGUGGUACGCCUUGUUUCCUGCAAGCAUUUGUAAACCGUUUAGAGUGUGCUGAGUUCACUAUUAAGCGGUAUAGAAAUGUAAAUGCUAUUGUUGUUCUUCCAAGCAUUUCGAACUGGCUUGAAAUCGGACACUGCAGUUCCAGGCCAGUUUUAUUUCUCACUAUUGGAACUUAGGCUGUAGGGAGAAACCACGCUAAAAAUGAAAAACGAAGUUCUGUCAUCAUUGAGAAAAGGAGCUCCCCAAUUCAAGAUGGUUGACAUUGGCAGGUGAUCUGUGUCCACACAUCUCCCCAGCUCCAGCAUCUCUGCAACCUCUUGUUUGGCCUCUGCUGAGAAGUGAUAUUGUCCCACAGUUGAACAGCUUUAGCUGCGACGAUGCACUGUCUUCUUCCGCCUGCCCUGAUCUCCUGGUGACUAGUAGUGCAAUGUCUCCUCUCCCUUUGAACAUUUUUGUACUUAAAAAGUGAUCCCCCCCACUAAAACUAGGCAGGAAACAGAUAUGGUUAGAUCUGAUAAGGCAACUUCCCUCCCAGCCGGCACCCUCCAGAUGUGUUGGACUACACUGCCCAUAAGCACCCACUUUUGCUGGCUGCGGGUUACUGGAGUUGCAGUCCAACCCAUCCGAAGGACACGAGGGGAGCCUGCAAUAGAAUUUCCUCUUUUCCCUGCUGUUUCUCUUUGGAUCUUGUAUUUGUUAUUUAUUGGGCUCAAACAAAUGGCCCCUGCUGUAAUUUAUUAAACGUGAUCUUUCUCUUUUGUAA